AUGACGUCCUACAGCCUCCCCUACUAUGCCGAUCCAGCAACGCUCCCAGCACAGUUGCCGACAAUUGAAGAGAUCGGCGCGGCCCAAGACAUCCUUGGCGACAAGUUAGCGACCAAGGUCGUAGCUAUUGGCGAUCACUUUGUCGUCAAGUACGGACCACAAGCCGAUCUUCUAGAAGGCGAAACAAUGCUCUUUUUACAAAACUGCUCGUCUGUUCCAGUACCGCGUGUAUACGCACUCUUUUGGAGCCCCAAUACUAAGAUUAAAUAUAUUGUUAUGGAGCGGAUCAAAGGUCAGGACCUUUCUUUGAUAUGGGCAAGACUAGAUCACGCAGCAAAGGAGACAUUAGCAAUUAAACUCCGAUCCAUAUUCACGGAGUUGCGACAAUUAACGUCGCCAGGGGGAUACUGCAGUGUUGGACACCGAGGGUUACCGGAUGGUAUUUUCUGGACAAACAACGCCUUACAGCCGUUCGCUGGCCCGUUCGAGACAGAGUCUGAUUUGAAUAAGGCCAUGGUGGCAAAAUACGUAGAGGACGGGCUCUCUAAGCACAAGGCAGAAUACUACACUCGCACCUUCAAAGAAGUUCUUCAAGAUCACCCGCCCGUAUUCACACACGCGGACUUCCAGCGCAAGAACGUUAUAAUCCGCACCUCUUCGAAACCCCCUACCGAUCAAUUAGGAGAACAGCCACACGCAGAACUAGAAAUUGUGAUGAUUGACUGGGAGUUUGCGGGCUGGUAUCCAAAUUAUUGGGAAUACGCACGCACCAUAUUUGCCUGUGGAAGAUGGGAAGACGAUUGGAGUCUUUGGGUGGACAUGAUAUUAGAGCCCUUUCGAAACGAGUACGUCUGGACGAACAUGUUUCUCUCAGAGCUAUGGUCUUGAGAUUGAUUACGAUUAGGCAAGCCUGGAUGCAUACGCUCCUGAGAGAGUUCUGGUGUUAAUAUUGACCAGAAACAUCUAUGAUAGGAUAGGGACGACAUAAAAGAUGGUGGCGUGGCGUGGAAACAGGAUAGACGUGAGUACAGUGUUAAUCCUAGGUUUACUCCGAGGGUCUAUAAAUCGAGUCAUAUAACAACCGGGCAGUCUUAUCUUAUCUUCUUAUUCGCCCCUAUGGUAGAAAAAAAGUAGAACGAGAAACUUGUAGCGAGAGGUUUGAUUAGUCGUUCGAAUGUUCAGAUCGAGGAU